UGACAAGCUAAGUGGCAAGCUAUCGCAAGAAACCGGUUACUUUGGAACACGUUGGUAGUUGAUAUUGAAACACUUUGCUCUUGCAGCUACGUUGAAUCACGCAUUCGCCGUAUUUCUCCCUCGGCACAAGGAAAACACGUUGGGAAACAGAUCACAAGACCUCUGUGCUAAAACGUAACAGCCUCUUGCAUCCUUUUGGGCUCUUGUUUUGUUGUUAAUUUCCUCCAGUCCAACGUUCGAAGUGAGUGCAGUUUUUCAGUUGAACGUAAUGAAAUCCUCGCCUGGGCCUACUCGACGCUACCUUCAAAUGUCUCUCCCAGAGAAAUGAGCCUUGUGACUUCAAGUGUCCCCUCUUCGCCUCGCUGUUAACCUCGAAACGACUCCACUUGGCCUGUGGGCUUUCUGUGCUCUGGAGGGAUCUUUCUCAUUAUGAAUCGUUACCUGCCUGUGGCAAGGCAGCACUUUCUGGCUGCACUAGCAAGCACCAGUGUGGUCGUGAAAGCCAUCAGUGCUCUUGUGGUUCUCCUCUACCUGCUCUCCUGGGCUGUGGACACAUCAUAUGCACUGGGGGUUACCCCGGGCUAUCUGUUCCCACCUAAUUUUUGGGUGUGGACGCUGGUCACCCAUGGGAUCGUGGAGCAGCACGCGUGGAGCGUGGUUAUCAAUGUUGGGACUGUGAUGUCUUGUGGCCGCCUGCUGGAGCCUUUGUGGGGUGCCCUGGAACUGCUGAUCUUCUUUGCCGUGGUAAAUGUAUCUGCAGGCCUUCUAGCAGGCCUCUCCUACCUCCUCACCUAUGUGGCCACCUUCAACUUGGACUUCCUGUUUGCUGUCCGUGUCCACGGAGCAGCCGGCUUCCUAGGAGGUGUCCUGGUGGCACUGAAACAGACCAUGGGGGAUACAACGGUACUCAGAGUUCCACAGGUAAGGCUCAAAGCAGCUCCAGCUUUGGUACUCCUCCUCCUGGCCUUACUGCGCCUCUCAGGCCUACUGGAGAGCUCCGCCCCCAUGGCUGCAUACAGUUACGGCGCCCUGUCCGGCUGGGUGUACCUGCGCUUCUACCAGAGGCACAGCAGGGGCCGCGGUGACAUGUCGGACCACUUUGCCUUUGCGAGUUUCUUCCCUGAGGCGCUGCAGCCGGCGGUGGGUCUGCUGGCGGGUUUUGUCCACGCCACCCUGGUGAAGGUGAAGGUGUGCAGGAAGAUGGUGAAGAGGUACGAUGUGGGCGCGCCGUCGUCCAUCACCAUCAGCCUGCCUGGGACAGACCCGCAAGAUGCUGAGAGGAGAAGACAACUGGCCCUCAAGGCUCUCAACGAGCGUUUAAAGCGCGUGGAGGACCAGUCAGCUUGGCCCAGCAUGGACGACGAGGAAGAUGACGAGGUAGAUGAGAUCCGGACCGACACGCAACCACUCCUCCCUCGUGACCCGCCCUCCUCAACGCCCCGACCAGCAGCAGGGGGAGCCGCCGCCAUAACCCUCUCCUCCACGUCCUCAUCGUCAAUGUUGCCGAGUGGCGGAGCACAGGCCACCCCGGAGUCGAGCAUCAUCAGUUUCGAGGACGCACCCUCUAGAUCGUAACCCUUUGAAGAGACGCAAUGUGCAUGUCGCUUACAGGCGUACUAACUUGAGUGAUGGAAGGUGGCGGACCUGUGCACACACACACUCCAUUACUCUCGCCGUUGAGUCCAAACGUGGGUUUCGUGUGUCUUUUCACUUUGCACGUGUUGGAUGUGCUCAGUGUAGUCAGUCAGGCCAUUGCUUCCUUCUUGCGUUCAGGCAUAAGUUAAGCGGCCAUUCUCUUGUGUUCUCAUUUAAUUCCAAUUGACCUGGGGGGAUUUCCACGGCUCUGUGUUUUUUUUUUUUUUUUAAUAUUUAAAUAAAGGCAAGUUGGAUGUAUUUUUUUUUUCCUCCCCACAGCAGCCACAGAUGUUUGCCAAGAGAACGCUUGUUCAUGACAGAGGCUCACUCUCCAAAAGACAGACUCUUUGCUGUCAAGGUUUUGGUUUGGUAACACGGUGAGGAAGAGGAGAAGUACAGAAAAGGUUUUGUCAGCACAAGCUGUUCGAGACAUGGGAGAAGCUCCGGGAGAUCGGCAAUGGGAAAUAAAAAUCUUUGGGAUUUAAAAGUAAAGUGCCAGCUGUGAAUAUUCCGGACCAGUUUCCAGUUUUAUGACUAUCCUCAAACCGAGAACUGCUUAUUUGUGUGUCUCCCCCCUACCCCCACAGAUUUGUUUACCACUUGACAGAAGCAACUUUUUGUAUACACAGAGUUGGAUGUCUUACGUUAACGUCUGAUCUGUGAUAUUUUAGGCUGAGUCAGCAUCUAAUUUGUGUCCUACUUGACUCACUGUUUUAAGAGUUCGCAAUAACUGUUUCAACUGCUGGUAUUGCUGCACUUCUAAGGAGAAUACAAUUUACCGGGUUUGAAUAUGCUACACAGUCAAAAUUUACAGGUUUGGUUUUGAUAGGAUCUCCCGCGCUGAUUAUGCAGAGGGUGAAUGUCUGCUUGAACAGAGGAUGUUUGCACAGAUAGUCAGCAUUGUGCUAUUUUUGGUACUAUGCAUUUGUAAAAUUGUCGCACCUUUCAAAUUAAGACACAUUAUUCCAUUGACCGAAUGUAGCAUGAAUGAGGAUAAAGAUCAGAUUAUUGUGGGCAAGUUUAAUUAGACACACACAAAAAAAGACCAUUUUGCUUCGGAUACAAACAUCGAGGAAGAAAUUGUAACCUCUGUUGUAUUAUGAAAUGCAGUUCAUGUGUUGAUUUGACAAGUUAUGGAUUAGACAAAAAGGAGUGGUUGUGUUUCAUGGAUGUUGAAGACGAGUAGUUAUGGAGCCACUGAUGUAAUCAAAGGGGAUUUUGUUAUGUCUGUGUCACGAACUUUUUGAUCAGUCUGGAAGUUGACAGAGAUGGGCAAAAAAAAAAAAUGAAUUUACCGGUAAGCCAUGAACUGUCUUUCAAAAAAAGAAGUGCAAAGAAAUAAAUCAUUAGAGUGGACAGAAUUCCUGCCAUGUUUGUGGGAUUUGUAUCCCCCCCCCCUUUUUUAAUGACUUUGGAUCAAUGUUGAUCAAAGUCCAACUGAUUCCAAAUGAAAUUUGACCAAGUACUGAAAAAAAUGCAGUUGAGCUUGGACUGAGGAAAAUGAAAUGAACAUGGUGAUGAGCGGGCAACCUCUGGCCGCUUGUGACCAUUUAAUCCAGCCUUGCAUGCAAUUUUGCGGGGGGGGGGGGAUUAUAAAAGGAUAGGUUAUGAACAAAAUGUUUGAUUAUUGCAUCAUAUUUUUUCAGCAAUUUUGUAAAAUGCUCAGAUGAGUUUAAAAAAAAAAACGGACAUUCCCUGACCGGAAAAAUAUUCUGCACCCCUGAUUUCAUCAUGUAUGCUUGAGUGGGAUGGAGGGUUUUUCAUAACUAAAAGCCAAACUGUUAUUUUCUUUGAUUGUUUUCAAGACAAACUACCCCAAUUGUUAUACAGCUGAGCAUUUAAGACCAGUUGCAUUGGUUAAUAAAUAAAAA